GAUCCCAAAAUGAAUGUCACACAAUGUGAUGCGGACUUGGCGUACCCCAGAUGAUGUACCCACAGUUUUAUGGGGCUCCCGAGAGUGUAUAUAUAACUCCCGAAGCUCCCUUGAUUUUCAGAGUUUCAGUAAAGUGCUCGGAUCAAAACCCGUCUGAUUCUCAAAUCCAUGAGAACCGCAAUUAUCCGAACAGGUUCGGUCCCGGCCCUAAACCAUUCAUUCGUCCCGGGUUCACCCAGAGCCACGAAUGGCUCUGCUUCGCCGAGGAUUUCCCUGCGCUUGAAUGUCGGUCGCCGGCGGAGAGAUUCUCGUCAGGCGACUGGCAUACGGAGGGCGUCAUCGGAAUCCGAUAUGAUCCGACCCGAGAGGAGUUUCUCGGGACUGAGCGGCGUUGGAUCGAUAUCUUUUACGGCGAGAAUUCCGGAGGGAGAAGAGUGCGUCUAUGGAGGUUUUGGUCGGAGGAAUUAUUGGACGGAGAGUGGAGUUCCGGUGAAGGAGGCGGGGUUGCCCGGCGGUGGAGGUGGCAACGGCGAUUGGAGCGCGGGGAAGUUCACCGGAGGGAACGCUGAUUGGAGCAAGAUCAGCGCGUAUUAUCAGGAGAUGUUGAAAACGGACCCUACGAAUUCUCUUCUCCUUAGAAAUUACGCAAAGUUCUUAGACGAGGUAGAAGGAGACAUGGUGAAAGCGGAAGAGUAUUACGGGAGAGCAAUACUGGCGAGUCCUGGGGACGGAGAGGUAUUGGCUCUGUACGGAAAGUUGAUAUGGGAGACUCAGAGAGACCAUGACAGAGCCAAGCUCUACUUCGAUCAAGCGAUUCGUUCCUCUCCCGACGACAGUAUGGUGAUGGGAUUGUACGCGCAAUUCAUGUGGGAAGCAGAGGAGGAGGAUGAGAACAAAGAAGAGGGAGGUGACGGUGGAUUACAAAGAGAAUAUGACCCUUCGACAGCCAUGGUUGAAGCGUUUUAGCCUCUCUAUCAAGAAUAGAUGGGGUGGCCAUUCUACCAUCCGAACAGAGUUCUUUAAUAAAGUAAUUACUAUCAGUUAAAGAGACGUUUAAUUGUGACGAUAGAGCUAACUGACUUAAUUUGAAUUCACGUAUCCUUAUGUAACACCAGUGAUGAUAUGCUAAAUAAAUACAGAAAGGAUACUUCCUCUGA